AUGGGUAAGGAGGAGAAGCAGCACAUCAACCUGGUCGUCAUCGGCCACGUCGACUCUGGCAAGUCGACCACCACUGGUCACUUGAUCUACCAGUGCGGUGGUAUUGACAAGCGUACCAUCGAGAAGUUCGAGAAGGAAGCCGCUGAGCUCGGCAAGGGUUCCUUCAAGUAUGCCUGGGUUCUUGACAAGCUCAAGGCCGAGCGUGAGCGUGGUAUCACCAUUGAUAUCGCUCUCUGGAAGUUCGAGACCCCCAAGUACUACGUCACUGUCAUUGAUGCCCCCGGUCACCGUGACUUCAUCAAGAACAUGAUUACUGGUACUUCCCAGGCCGACUGCGCCAUUCUCAUCAUUGCCGCUGGCACUGGUGAGUUCGAGGCUGGUAUCUCCAAGGAUGGCCAGACUCGUGAGCACGCUCUGCUCGCCUUCACCCUUGGUGUCCGCCAGCUCAUCGUCGCCAUCAACAAGAUGGACACCACCAAGUGGUCCGAGGACCGUUACCAGGAGAUUAUCAAGGAGACCUCCAACUUCAUCAAGAAGGUCGGCUACAACCCCAAGACCGUCCCCUUCGUCCCCAUCUCCGGUUUCAACGGCGACAACAUGCUUGCCCCCUCCACCAACUGCCCCUGGUACAAGGGCUGGAAGAAGGAGGUCAAGGGUGGCGAGGCCACUGGCAAGACCCUCCUCGAGGCCAUCGACGCCAUUGAGCCCCCCAAGCGUCCCACCGACAAGCCCCUCCGCCUGCCCCUUCAGGAUGUCUACAAGAUCGGCGGUAUUGGCACUGUUCCCGUCGGCCGUAUCGAGACUGGUGUCCUGAAGCCCGGUAUGGUCGUCACCUUUGCCCCCUCCAACGUCACCACUGAAGUCAAGUCCGUUGAGAUGCACCACGAGCAGCUUACCGAGGGUGUCCCCGGUGACAACGUUGGCUUCAACGUCAAGAACGUCUCCGUCAAGGAGAUUCGCCGUGGCAACGUCGCCGGUGACUCCAAGAACGACCCCCCCAUGGGCGCCGCUUCCUUCACUGCCCAGGUCAUUGUCCUCAACCACCCUGGCCAGGUUGGUGCUGGUUACGCCCCCGUUCUGGACUGCCACACUGCCCACAUUGCCUGCAAGUUCUCCGAGCUCCUCGAGAAGAUCGACCGCCGUACCGGCAAGUCUGUUGAGGCCAACCCCAAGUUCGUCAAGUCCGGUGACGCUGCCAUCGUCAAGAUGAUUCCCUCCAAGCCCAUGUGCGUUGAGGCUUUCACUGACUACCCUCCCCUGGGUCGUUUCGCCGUCCGUGACAUGCGUCAGACCGUCGCUGUCGGUGUCAUCAAGUCCGUCGAGAAGUCCGUUGGUGGUACCGGCAAGGUCACCAAGUCCGCUGCCAAGGCUGGCAAGAAAUAA